AUGAUGGCUCAACAGCAUACUCCAGCAAGUACUCCGUUAAGAAAUAUAUACAAUAUGAGUCAUCAUCAUAAUCAUAAUCAUAAUCUUAAUCAUCAUCAUAACAAUAAUAAUAAUAAUAAAAAACUUCCCUUAAUAGUGGAUGUUGCUAUCGAUGAUAAUGGUAAUCAAUUAUAUCAAGUUCAUGAAUCUUCCAAGUUAGUUAGAAAGGAAAUGCCUAGGUCAACCACAUUCUCGGCUUCCUCCUCUAAAUCAACUCAAUCCUAUGCAGGCACUACCGAUCAUGAUUUCAUUAUUAAAGAAGAAGAUACAUCACUCGAUCAUGAUGUACUUCGAACUCCAACUCAUAGAACGUUAGGUACAAUAUCUCCCAGCUCAUCUGCCAUCUCCAACUAUAAUAUGAUUAGUGGGAAUUCACUUAAUAAUGGUGGUGAAGCUAUGUAUCCUAAUUAUAAGUCUGAAGAUGCAUCUUACAGUAAUAAUAACAGCUUCAGUAAUUCAAGUACGAACAAUAAUAAUUCUCCUAAUUUCCCACAAAAGGCCCCUCAGGACAAUGAUAUUUGGUCGGAUGAUGUAGAACAAGCAUUUGAAGAAGUAUUACGAAUAAUCCCCAAGAAUGGCCUAAACAAAAUUAAAAUAAGUGGAAGAUCAUGUGGUAGAAAUGAAUUAAUAAGUGAUUAUAUUUAUACCAAAACAGGAAAAUUCAGAUCAAGGAAACAAGUCAGUUCCCAUAUUCAAGUUAUAAAGAAUCUUGGACAGAAAUUGGAUAUUAUCAAAUUGAUUAAUAAGGGUCCUACCUUUGAAACUGCUGCUGAACAAGAUGAAUGUAAUAGAAAGUUUGAAGAAAUCUUUUCUAACAUUAACUUAAGUAAAUCAUUAGGUUUCAAUAAUACUGAUAAUGCCACUGUUGUCUCUGAUAGUUCAGUAAUCAUAAAUGGAGAAAAAGUAUCAAGAAGUUAUGAUGAUUCCAGUAGAAGAGUGUUUAAGAGAAAGAGACUCCCCAUGUCAAUGUCAACACCAUUAGACAUCAAAUUUGAAAGCUUCUUCAUGUCUAUCUAUGAUACUUUCUAUUCAAAUCCCAUUGUCUUCACUUUACAAGACUCUUCAUCACCAAUCUCCUCUUGUACAUCCAUUCCUCAACAAAUUAAACGGAUCAAACAGAAUUCAAAUAUAUCCGUUAGAUUUCCAGGAUUAAUGGAAUUUCAAAACUGUACCAAUAUCCCAAUAUUCCACAAUAUGGUCAAGUUGGUUUAUCCCGAUAAUAUAUCAUCGAAUUAUAAUUAUGACUUGGGAUUUAAAGCUAACUUCAAUUUGAAAUGUGAUGACAUUACUAACUCUCCAAAUGUUAGACCAUAUUCAUAUUCUCUUUAUACUAGCAUUUAUUCAUUUGGCAAACAAGUGUUAACCUUCAAUGAAGAUGACUUUAAAUUCAAUGAGGAUCACUCUUUCUUAACUAAAUUCUGGAAGUUCUUCUUAUCUAACUUGAAUAGUAAAGAUAUGAAUGAGAUAAAUAUGGCAUUUAAAGGCAUGACUAUAAAGCAAAUCAUUUAUGAAUCGGACGAUUCAGUCAAUCAACUUAGUUCCGAUACAAAUAACAAAGUCUCUAAACUGAAAAUAAAGUUGAUAAUGCUUUGGGAAUUUGCUCAUGUCACUGAUAUUAAGGAAGCUUUAACUACUACCACCAAAUUGAUCUUGCCCACUCUGCCAACUAUUGAAAGUUCAAAUGAUAACAUUGUAAGCCAAGUCAUAGGCUAUCCAAUGUCGUCAACCCAUCAACCAUUCUUGUCUCAACAGGGCCCUGCAACAGCCUUGAUAACUUCGUAUUCUGAACCUUCGUCGCAGAUCUUCGAUCAUCCCCACUUUGAUGUCAACAGUAGUAAUGCAACCCACAUGUAUCCCACGCCUUCUACAACGACUACUGCUGGUGUACAGUCAAGUGGUUCCUUUGUGGAUUUGAGUCAAAUGAAUGUUCAAAGGAAGUUCCAACAGUUGCAGCAACAACAGCAACAUGGUAGUGGCAACAGCAACAGUAACAAUAACAGUAACAAUACCAACAACACUAAUACCAAUAACAGUGCCAAUCCCAAUCCCACUAGCAGCAGCUUUGAAGGCCCACAUCCUCAACAACACUUUGUACAAUAUCCCUCCCAGACACCCACUUCUGUGGUAAGUCCCCAGAACAACACAUCAGCUCGAGGACCGAUGAACCCAGGCCCUUAUUAUGGCUCCCAGCAACAGCCACAACACAUAAAUCAACCAGGAAUGAUCAAUAACCUGAGCAUUAAUUUAGACAUAGGUGUGAUGUCUGCGCCUUCUGUCGGCCAACUGGAGUACAGUCUUGCGGGAUAUGCACACGACGGUUAUAUGCAUGACUUUGGCAAUCAAUAG